CGUCUGCGGCGGGGUCGAGGGAUAGAUUUAUAUCCGCCCGAUCAGCUGACGGUCUGCAGUGCAGCCUGCGGAGUGCAGCGGCGCCAUGUACGCUCUCGCCCUCUUCGCCAGCCUUCUGGUCACCGCUCUGACCACCCCUGUCCAAGACCCGAAGAUAUGUGCUGGGGGCUCAGGCGUGCUGUGCAGAGACCUGAAGACGGCGGUGGAUUGCGGGGCCUUGAAACACUGCCAGCAGAUGGUGUGGAGCAAGCCCACAGCGAAAUCCCUUCCAUGUGACAUAUGCAAAACUGUUGUCACUGAAGCUGGGAACUUGCUGAAAAACAAUGCCACCCAGGACAAGAUCCUUCGUUACCUGGAGAAGACCUGUGAGUGGAUUCACGAGUCCAGCCUGUCGAACUCAUGCAAGGAGGCGGUGGAUUCUUACCUGCCUGUCAUCCUGGACAUGAUUAAGGGGGAGAUGAGCAACCCCGGGGAAGUGUGCUCUGCGCUCAGCCUCUGCCAGUCUCUCCAGAAGCACUUGGCUGAGCAAAACUACCAGAAACAGCUUGAGUCCAACAAGAUCCCGGAAGUAGACAUGGCCAGUGUGGUUGCCCCCUUCAUGGCCAAUGUCCCCCUCCUGCUGUACCCUCAGGACCGCCCCCGCAGCCAGCCACAAUCCAAGGUGAAUGACGAUGUCUGCCAGGACUGUGUGAAGAUGGUGACUGACAUCCAGACUGCUGUGAGGACCAACUCCACCUUUGUCCAGGGCUUCGUGGAGCACGUCAAGGAGGAGUGUGACCGCCUGGGGCCCGGCAUGGCUGACAUGUGCAAGAACUACGUGGACCAGUACUCUCAAGUGGCCGUCCAGAUGAUGAUGCACAUGCAACCCAAGGAAAUCUGUGCUCUGGUUGGCUUCUGUGAUGAGGUCAAGAAAGUACCAAUGAAGACCCUGGUCCCUGCCAGUGAGGCCAUCAAGAACAUCUUCCCUGGCCUGGAACUCACCGACUCCUCCUAUGAGGCCCAGAACAUUAUCUUCUGCCAGGCUUGCCAGUUUGUGAUGAAUAAGUUGUCCGAACUAAUUAUGAACAAGAACACUGAGGCACUAGUAAUUAAAGCUGUGGGCACAGCAUGCACACUGCUCCCCCCUCCUGCUUCGACCAAGUGCACCGAGAUGGUACAAACGUUCGGCCCCUCCCUGCUGGACAUCCUUUUCCAUCAGGUGAGCCCAGGCUUGUGUGGCAUGGUCCACCUCUGCUCCGGCAGCCCUGAUUCGGUGGAGACGCUUGAGCAACCUGCAUUACCCAUCGUUCCUGCAGUACCGAAACAGCCCGAGCUGCCCAGACAGCCUGCAUUGCGUGCGCAUGUGCCUCAGAAGACUGGUGGGUUCUGUGAGGUGUGCAAGAAACUGGUCAGCUAUUUGGAACACAACCUGGAGAAGAACAGCACCAAGGAGGAGAUACUGGCUGCCCUGGAGAAGGGCUGCAGCUUUCUGCCUGACCCCUACCAGAAGGAGUGUGACGACUUUGUGGCCGAGUAUGAGCCCGUGCUGGUGGAAAUUCUUGUGCAAGUGAUGGAUCCUUCCUUUGUGUGCUCGAAAAUCGGGGCUUGCCCUUCUGCCUCUAAGCUGCUGCUGGGAACUGAGAAGUGUGUCUGGGGUCCUAGCUACUGGUGUCAGAACAUGGAGACUGCAGCCCGGUGCAAUGCUGUCGACCAUUGCAAACGCCACGUGUGGAACUAGUUUUCCAGCUUGCAGAAGUUGCAGCCUACUUGUGGGUCUAGGAUAAUGAACACAGAUCUUUUCGACUUCCUUCUAAGUAGGACCCCUCCCCUCCCCUCCCCAUUUUGUCAUUCCCCCAUCUUGUAGCAUCGCUGUCGUGUAAGAGGUGCUGAUAGCCCCUGUCGGUGUCCCCUUUCUGCUGGAAGGAUGAGGACAUUAAGGGCGUCAGCCCUCCAGCUGCCCUUUCACCCACCUGCUGGAGGGGGUGGUGAGCCAGAGGGCAGGACUGUCUUCUGAGCCCUGACUUGGUGUACGGGGGUGGGGGCUUCUGUGGCCACCUUC